UGAGGAAAUAAUAAUAAUAAUAAUAGAUAAACCUCUCUGUUUUUUGGUGCAUAGGUUUCUCAUGAAGCCACUUUCUGUCUUGUAUAACUGCCUUCUAUCUCGCUAUGAUCCUAGUCCGAUAAAGCUGCAAUUUACCUAAUUAAGUAUGUCUGUUUGUCAUGUUAAAAUUGAAAUCAAUGCCUGUCUUUUGUCACUUUGAAUAUUUUUUUACUUUAAAAUGAUUAUUCUUUACUGUACUUUUGGUGCAAUUGUUGCGAUCCAAUGCAAGAGCUGUUCACUCUUAACAUUCUUGUAUUGCUGAGGUUUGAUGGAAAAGUGAAAGAUGUUCUCAUUUCAUCUAUUUUUGGAUCAAACCAAGCAUUGUUAUCUUUUUUUUUUUUUUAAAGGCAGCUCGUGUAUUGGUUCUCAUGAGAUUGGGGUGUCCAAACUUUUCCCACAACCCCCUCAUUUUUUCUGUACGCAAUCCAUGGUGGAUAAAGUAUGGACACCCCUGCCAUUCCUAAUGUUCUGAUGUGCGCCGUCUUCAUUGUUAUUUUUAGAAUAUGCAGCGGGCCAAUAAAAAAAACAAGAUACGGCCCCUGCACUGCAAUUUGGACACCUAAGUAUUAGUUUGCUAAUUUUCUGGAGUUUAAUUUUUUGGUAGUUAACUUUGGUGUGGAUGCACUUUUCUACAGAAUGUGCCAAUAUCUGUUUCAAAAUUGUCCCUUAAGUAAAUGAAGAGCUAAAAAAAAACAAAAAAACAAAUACAAUGAUGCUUGGCUUUGAAAGUGUACAGUCGAUAUAAUUGAGUGUGUUUUGUAGCAAGCUUCUUCCACUAACAUCCUCGGCAUCAGUGGGAGGAAGCAUCACAGUGAUUGAUGUGCUCACUAACCAUCGGCUGGCUAAUCCCGAUGAGUGACAGCCGCUUAAGCCAAUUGCUGUGAAGGCAAUCCCUACUCCUAUAGUAUCUUUUAUUUUUGGAAACCAUAAAAACGCUCCUGACACGGAGAGGGGCAACCUAGCGGCGGCAAAGCUAAUAAAACAAAUUGUUCCUCUUUGGCCUGAAAUCGACUGUUAAUUGAAGCUAGUCCAACGCUUUAAAUACACAGCCGUGCCGAAUACACGUUUUUUUUUGUUUUUUUUUACAUGUCGUGACCGCAGCGAUGCAAAUGUCACUCGAAUUAUCGGCAGCUGUGUAAAUUUUUAUGGCGUUAGAGUGACAAUUCCGCCACAUUUGUUGCCGUGGUAUAGCGAGCACUGGAUUACCCAGCGCUGGCUAGUUUCAGGACCGGGACAGCUCCUCCGCUUUUUCCACCUCCUCCUCGGCGGGAGCCCCGCUGAGCUCGCCGGGGAAACCCUCCGCCGAGCCUCGGCGUCAUCUCAUGGCUCCGGUGGUACCGAAUCGGACCAGGAGCACCACUACUUCCACUACUACUAUGCCGGGCCACGAUGCGUGUCGUGUUUAAUGUCUCUUCCAGCACCGGGGGAGCGAUCACACCGUGGCUACUCAACCCACAGCCAUGUGAGUCCCACGCAGGUUCAACAUGAAAGCAGUGUCUUUGUGGUGAAAAGGCGAACUUCAGCAAUCUGGUGAUAAGCACACACACACAUCUCUCCACCCUCUCACCUGAAAACAUGGCUAAUGCUGGGGACGUGGAGGCUGGAACUUUGUCCGACUUGGAGGUCAUCUCCCAGCAGGUGGAUGAUGAGAACCAGUGCUUGGCUCCUCCGGUCCAGCUGGUGAGUUUCGGCUAUCGAGAUCUUCCCCUCGCAGCUUUGGAUCUCUCGCUGGCUGGCUCCCAGCUCCUGUCCAAUGCGGAUGAGGAUGAAACCAGGGAAGGGUCCAACUGGCUGAAGCCGUGCUGUGGCCGUCGAGUCGCCCUGUGGCAGGUCUGUCUGCUCAGUGCCGGCUUCAACUGCGUCCUGGUGGCCUGUGUCAUCCUGGUGGUGCUCUUCCUCUCUCUGGAGUUGCUCAUUGACACCAAGCUCCUUCAAUUUGCCAAUGCUUUCCAAUUUGCCAGCAUCAUCCACUGGAUCAGUCUCAUUAUCCUGUCGCUUUUCUUUUCUGAGACUGUCUUCAGAAUUGUAGUACUCGGGAUCUGGGACUACAUAGAGAACAAAGUUGAGGUGUUUGAUGGCGCUGUCAUCGUCUUGUCCCUGGCCCCCAUGGUGGCCUCCACAGUGGCCAACGGGCCCAGCAGCCCUUGGGAUGCCAUCAGCCUCAUCAUCACCCUGCGCAUCUGGAGGGUGAAGCGGAUCAUCGAUGCCUAUGUGCUCCAAGUAAAAGUGGAGAUGGAGCUGGAGAUCCAACAGUGUGAGAAGACCAAGGCUAUGAGAGAAGAGCAGCUGGAGCGUCUCACUCAGAUCUGCCAGGAACAGGCUUUUGAGAUCAGGCAGCUCAGGGCCCACUUGGCCCAGCAGGACCUGGACUUGGCAGCGGAGCGGGAAGCAGCCAUGCAGAUCCACCGUGUGUGGGCCAAGCAGGGCAGGAGCUUUCAGGUGGUGGAGGGCUUGACUCCUGGGGAGUCUGAUGAUGAGGGCACUCAAAGGAACCCUAGGGAGCUGCACAACACUGCAGAUCCAGUUGUAUGCGAUGAUAUGAACAACUACAUCAGCCAGUACUACAGUGAAGCAAGCAGUGAUGCCAGGACAACUGGUCUAGCUAACCGGGUCAUCACCACAGCCGCCAUUGACGUCCACCUCCCCACCAAUCCCAUCCAGUCCAACUCCACGCUCGCGAUGGAGCGCCUGGGCAGCGGCGUUAGCGACCCGUCCACCAGCAUGUCCCAGUCCACUGGAAGCCUGACCGCCCGUCCCCACACCCUGAGAAGCCAUGCCAUGCGCUCCUCUAAGAUGGACCCCGGCAGCAGCACAACCCAGGACUUGAACCUACCCUACACCUCCCACCGCUGCUGUCCCUCUUCCUUCUCGAGUCAGGGACAGAACAUGGUGGUGCAAGACUUCCUCUCAUUUUCUGAGGACUCCUGCCUUGCUCAGAAGGGCCUGACAGUGGACCCAGUCAACCUUAAGCUCCCUAGUCCUACUGGUUCCGAAAAGGCCAGUCCCGAACUGGACCACAGAAUAAACAUGUUCAACCGCAGGAACCAAGAGGAGAGGCGGGGCCGAGGCGGGCGAGGGUGCGUUCUGCUGCAAACAAAGCCUCUCAUUCACCUGCAGGGCGGCGCCGCAGAGCCCUCGCUGGAGGAGAAGUACUGUCUCUUGGGUCCGGCCGACACACCUCUAGGGCAUUUGUCUGACACAUAACAGAUUUGCAAAACAGAGUAUUUUCUUCUUGUACUGCCAACAUCUACAGGACAACCUUGUGAGAACAAGCUAAAGCUUUUCAGUGAGCGCCACAAAUGUCCGUCUUCGGUGGAUGACUCGCCAGUUGGACCUACUCCCGUAAUCUACGACCUCCGGUCCUCCAUGAUGGACAUGGAGGUGACGGCACAUAGCACAACGAAUACAAAAAAAAAAACACCAUCAAACUGGACAGGAGGGAUGGGCAUGAUUAUUGAUUAAAUGAUUACAUGGUUAGAUUAUGUUAUGUAGUUAAAAUUGGGUGCACCGCUUGGCUGCAACCAGCAGGGGUGCUGUUGAUUCAUUAUUAGCAAUGACUUUGCUGUCUAAAGAAAUCAAACUAUAAAUAGUUUAAUUCUCCAUGCAGCAUUAUUCCACUAAAUGGCAUGAAAAGAGGAGUUCAGAACUUCACAGAGAGAGUCUCCAAUUCCAUUACAUAUAAAUUCUGAUUAAUUUUGCUUACAGUCAGUCCAGGAAAUGUAAUCAAAUGCCCAUCCCUAGCGGAUUUGAAUGGGUUUUUGAACGCAUUCUUCAUCAGGAAUCCUCAUAUAAAAGGCACUGAACUUUAUAUGACUCAAAACCAGCAAAGGGGCCGUUCAAGCCUUCAAUGAGCAUCGCCAAGCAUUAUUCCAAACAAAGAUGCUGUUCCUUAAACUUUUCCAAUUUCAAACUGUUACUUUUAAUUGCAUUUUUAUGAUCUUUUCAUAUACUUAACAUUAUACACCAUGCUCCUUAUUUUCUUAAAAGUUACACAGGGUACAUGACUGGAUUAAUACAGAUACAUUUACAACUCCUACUGGCUUGAUUUGGGAACCACUACCAUUUAUCCCAUAGACUUUUUGUUGUUCUAAUUGAAUUAAAAAUUAUUUGGCUGUUUUAUUGGAAAGAAGCAAAUGGUAAGUUAGUUUUUUUUUAUAAGGGUGAAUUCUUUACUAAAACUGGAGUGUUUGUAGCAUGAUCCUUUAAAAUGAUGAGCAAAUUAUUUGCACUUUACUGUUUACAGCCACUUUUUUAAACUUGAUAUACGCGGGGUGUGUAUGCGUGUGUGUG